AUGUUCCUCUCCACGAUACAAGGCCUAGUCGUCUACCUCACUUACCCGCACCCCCUCUUCGCCGGCGCAAUCUCCCACAUCUCACUCCUCAUCGACACCCUCACGCCCCUCCUCACCGACCUCGACGUUCUCUUCUACGCCUGUAUCUUCUUCAUACUUGCAAUUAUCGGAAGUCUCCUCACCCCACUAAUCGACUGCCUGUUAUUGCACUCCCUUCCCCUACGCCGCCCGCGGUACCUCGUCAUAUAUGCUAUGCUAUGUAACGUGGUUAUUAUGCCUGUUUGGAUGCUGUCUGAGGCGAGGAGGGGUAUGUUGAGGGUUAUUUAG